UCAAAGAGUAUAAUAAUAGUAUUUCGCAUUGGUUCGCAAUUUCGCAUGUGGUGUUUCUGUUUUGUUUUGAUUUUGCUUUGCUAAAAAUUUUCCUGUGCACGCUCGAAAAUUAAAGCAAUGAAACAAGGCCACGAUUUAUUUCAGUCCGUGUCGAUUUCACUUGAGAUUUAUUUUAAUUUCUAAAUCCACUCAGUGGUCAUCAUGUGGGGUGUAACUCUGCUACUAUCCGGUGUACCUCAAUAUGUAACACUUACAGACCUAAGUUACAACUUAGAUCGUUUAUUCAACACGGACGAGAUAGGGACAUUCAAGAUACGCGACCUGCCGAAUCACCCUCAAACCAACAGGCGCCAAAUUGCAUUGGACUUCAGAUCUAGCUUUGAUGCCAUGGUCGCGCAAGGGAAAUUAGAGGGCUACGAAUAUACGAUGGAAGACGGCCGGCCGUACACACUGCGUGCCAAGAUCAAUAAAACCGAAGAAUACAUGAGCAAGAAUUCUCUGAGUCCACAACACAAUCAUAGCUGGUAUGGAGCAGACUGGCACGCUUCGGCAAUGAUACCUAAUUUGGAUGGAGAAAUGUACCAUAGAGCUAGUGCUAGACUUGAUGCCCAACUUGAGUUGCUUAAAAAGCAGCAACUAGUUUUAGAGAAAGAGAAAGAAAUACUAAGGGAGAAGAGGAGACUGAAGCAGGAGUAUGGUAGUAUGGUUAGUUCUUUCUGUCAGUAUGAUGUCCCUUCCUGGUCGUGGAUGGAGCAACCUUAUCUAUGUAUUGAGCAUCGAUAUGAUGAAAGUGAAGCAUCAUCGUCCAAGCGCUCGCGUUCCGGAUCGCGAGAACGGCGCUCCGGCUCUUGGCACAGAAGAUCUAAAGACUGUGAAUUUAUUUUACCGCAAAUUGAAUGGCAUGAUGAAGAGCACCAAAAAAAGUCACAUUCUAAAGAUACAUCGAAAUCUAAUGAACACCAGACCAGAGACCACCAAUCUACUUUAAGAGAGUGUGGAGAUGGAGACCCUGUCUCUCGAAAAGAGUCUAGACAGAGGUCGUCAAGAGAGCGCGAGAAACAGAGAUCCCAUGACCAAAGAUCUAGAUCCAGAGAGUGGGGUCACAGAGACAGCUCGAAAGGACAAACGAGAUGUUAUGAAGACUGUUAUAGAAACAAAAGAUCUUCAGGAGAGGGAAACUACAGAGACUUACGAUCUACGUCAAAAGAACGGAGGACAUCGAGAGACAGGCGGUCACGAUCGAAGGAGUGGUCGUCAAGGUUAGAAGAACGAGGUUAUACAUAUGGGGGUUCAAGAGAAAGAGGUUAUAGAAACCAAAGGUCUACAUCGAGGGAACGGAAUUAUAGAUUGCAAAGGUCUAGAUCUAAAGAGGUAAUGAGAUGGUCCAGAGAAAAACGGUCACGUUCAACUGAAAGAAGGUCUCGUUCAAGAGAGCACAUACUGAGUUCCCACGAACGGAGACGGUUACGUUCAAUAGACCGCAUGAUGAGUUCUCACGAAGGAAGACGGUCACGUUCUAGAGACCGCAUGAUCAGUUCUCACGAAAGAAGACGGUCGCGUUCAAAAGACCGCAUGAUGAGUUCUCACGAAGGAAGACGGUCACGGUCAAGAGAACGCAUGAAGAGUUUCCAUGAACGACCGAUGUACCGUCGAUCGAGAUCACCACGGCCAAUGUCAAGUUCUUGCGAAAGAAGACCAAAACUUCCAGCUAUAAUGCCAGGCAGCCCCAAACGUCUAAGAUCACCAGUCGAAAGGGUAACAGUUUCAUAUGAAGAUGAUUAUAUACCAAUGGAUAAAAAUCAAACUCAAAAUCAGGGUAAAAAAGAAUUUAUAAAAGUAGAAAGUGAGAAUGAUAAAACUGUUCCUAAACCAGUGACAUUUGCAGACAACAAAGAAACAUGUAACAUAAUGGAAGAUAAAAGUAAAAAACAGAAAACCGAAGAAGAAAAAAUGAUAGCUAAAUUCAAUAGUAAAGUCAAAAAGGCUGACAUCUUAGACGCUAGAGUUAAAGAAUUUAGCAAAGAUGUUAUGGUCCUACUUAUCAUAUUACUUGAAGAAUUGAUGAACAAAGAUAAGUUUAGAUUAUCACCCUCUAACAAAGUACUAUUGAUAAAAAAGUUAGAAACGAUAGUGGAAGAAAGAGUGGAACCGCUAGCAAGAUCGAAAAAGAGCACAGAUGUAGAAGUGCUAAGGUAUUAUAAGAAGUUAUAUCCGAGAGAAGUUGAUCUAGUGUUGAUCAAACAAAUGCUGGCUAAGAUUCCUAAGUUAAAAAUGCUGGAACCUCAAUCGACUGCCACUGUAAUCAGGAAAGUGGAAGACGAGGAACAGGAACAACAGCAAGGCUAUAGAAAUGAACUCACGCUUCACGAUAUGAAAGUACCUUCUAAAAGUGACGAAAAUUCACCUACCAUAAAACAAGAAAUAAUUGAUUUAGAUAGUGGAACAUCUUUGCCGACGCUUAAAAAAGAAAAGGUUGAAGAUCAACCUAUAAUAAUAGAUAUUGACAGUGCCGAAAAACCGGUGCCAAGGCUUCCUCAGUUUGUUGUUGUUCUAAAAACCCUUGUUAAACAAAUGAACAAAGUGGGGCUUAAGCAACUUUUGCAAAACAAUAAUCUCACAAUUGAAACUUUUAAAUUUGCCCUGCGGCGAAUUUUGAGACACAUGUUGAAGGGACAAGGAUACCUACCCAGAUCGGAGAUCAUUUCUAAAUUCCGUCAAGAACACCCGUUAGAAAACGAUACCGAGCUUGUUACAAAUAUCAUCAAAGAUAUCAAUAAUGGAAAAUAUCCCGGAUGUAUGAACGUAGUGAACCUUAUUGAAUACGAAAAAGAUAAUGAUUCUCCAGAUGAGGUAGUACUCGUAGAAAAACCGCCUGAUGUUGUUACUGUGCCUGAUAGUGACGACGAAGACGAUAAGAACAAUGUAACUAAACUUGAACGCCGCCCCAGUCCUAACGUACGAACGUUAGAUCCAACUGAGCCAAGCCAAAUUAUAAUUCCUGCAAAACCUGGCCAAGACACCACGGGUCAACAAGAAAAGUCAGUUCAAGAUAUGCCUAAACUAAGUUGUCCAGAAAACCUUAAUCCAAACGUAUGGACGAUAGAUUUGACAGAACUUGACCAAGUCACAACUGUUGCAAAACCUGACCAAGCUGUCAUCUGCCCAGUCAAAAGUGAAGACAAACCGGCUCAAGAUAUGUCCAGUGCAGUAAUUACUCGGCCAGAUAAAGCACCUCCCUGCCAUGCUGAACCCAUGAAAGACGCAACCAAUCUUGCUUGUGCUAAGACUGGCCCUGUAAAAACGAAUCCAACCAAGCAACUAUUCCGGAAGGAAAAGAAAAAGACAGUGACCGCCGUGGACGCAGAAUUGCUCAACAUUGAAAGUCAACAAACUGGACAUCUUCCUGAGCCAAGUGACAACACAAAUAAUCUCACCACAUCAAACUCUACAGAUACUCAUAAAAACAGUCAAAAAAUUGAAAAAAUGUCUAACGAUGACACUAAAGAUGUCAAUAACAAAACAGAAAACAGCAAGCCAUUAAUAAAGGAUGCAGUACAAGACAACCUCAAUACACAAGAAAAUAAAGAUGAAAAUGACAACAAUAAUCCUAAAGUUACUGCGAUUACGAUUGUCACAUCUUUAAAUGAUCUGCUUGCCAAAUCUACAAAUACCAAUAAUUCAGAAGCACCAGUUCAGGAUAUUAAAGAAGAAUUGGAAUACGAGGAAGAUAGACUAGAUGAAUCAGAUAGUGGCCCUGUAGUAACAUCCAUCACUAUAAAUACUUCAGAUGCCGAGUUAUUCUCAAUAGGCCAAGAUGGUCAAAAACAAGUUAAUGAAAUUAAGAAUGAAGAAGAAGACGCUGAAGAAAAUUUACUUAACGAGAUUGAAAGAGAUAUUAAUAAUGAUAAGUUUAGCCUAGCAAUAAACAAAGACUAUGAUACUUUGCAUAGUAUACAACCGGGUCCUCCAAAACAAAACGAUAGUGAGAUCAAUUCAGCAUUUACAAAUGAUAAAACAGAUGAUGAUGAUGAUGAAACUAUAGAGUCUAUUGGCAGAUUUGUGGCAUCUAUGUAUUAAAAUGAGGUAAAUAACUUAGCUUUAGUCUUUUGAUUGUAUAUUAAUAUUCAUUCCAUAUUUGGAAUUUGUGAUUUUGCCCUAAUAUAGUAUCCGAAUCUCUAUCAAAACUAUAUAGUUUUACGAAACCUUACUUUCAAUGAUUUCUAACUACAACAUUUUUAUAAAGAUUAAAAAUCAAUAAAUAUCAUUGCUAAAGUGUAUACAUAUACAGGGUGGGCCAGUGAUAAAUUCACUUUUGUCUCGACCUCCUUUGUCAAAAUUACAAAACAUUGGCAUAUAAUAAUGGUGUCAUUUAAAAGAAAAAAAAGUAAAUUUUUAUUCAAAAUGGUGUCUUACACGGGA